AUGGCACACAUUUUCUCCCUCGCCAGUCCAGUACCUGCGGCUUAUCAGGAAGGCAAAAAACAUGGCGAUGAAGUCAAAUUUCCAGAUACUCCGUUUUUCAAGGGCUUCCACAAGCCAUCACGACUUGAGGCAGAUAUUCUUGAGCUAGAAACCACUGGCACCAUUCCCAAAGAUAUCAAUGGCACUUUCUUUCGCAUACAGCCGGACCACCGCUUUCCGCCUCUUUUUGAAGAAGACAUACACUUCAACGGUGACGGCUCUGUAUCUGCCUUUCGAUUCGAAAAUGGCCAUGUCGACUUUCGACAACGAUACGUACAUACAGAUCGUUAUAAAGCAGAGACAAAAGCCCGGCGCGCAUUGCUCGGUCGGUACAGGAACCCUUAUACCGACAAUGAGAUGGUAAAGGGCAUCAUACGAACUGCUUCAAACACCAACGUCAUCUUUUGGAGGGGUGUUCUUCUUGCAAUGAAGGAAGAUGGACCACCAUUUGCCAUGGAUCCAGUCACACUCGAAACAAUCGGCCGCUACGACUUUGAUGGCCAAGUGCAAUCCCCCACGUUUACCGCACACCCAAAGUUUGACCCGGACACUGGAGAAAUGGUCUGCUACGGUUACCAAGCCGGAGGCAACGGAUACGACGCUAGCUGCGACAUCGUCGUCUAUACCAUCGACAAGGACGGGAAAAAGACAGAAGAGUGCUGGUACAAAGCACCCUUUUCCGGCAUGAUUCAUGACUGUGCCAUCACAAAAAACUACCUAGUCCUUCCCUUAACCCCCAUCAAGGUCAAUGUGGACCGCCUCAAAAAAGGCGGAAACCACUUCGCCUGGGACCCCAACGAAGACCAAUGGUACGGUAUCGUCCCACGCCGAAACGGCAAACCCGAAGAUAUCAUAUGGCUCCGUGCCGACAACGGCUUCCACGGCCACAUAGCCGGCUCCUACGAAGACCCUUCAGGCAAAAUCAUCGUCGACCUAACCGUCGCCUCCGACAACGUCUUCUUCUUCUUUCCCCCGGACCCUCCUCCCCCAUCCACUCCCUCCACCUUGCAGCAACGCAACAAACUCGUUUCAGACACCUACCGCUGGAUCUUCGACCCCUCCACUCCAACCCACACGCGCGUCCAACCACACAAAUUGUUUGGUAUAAACGGCGAGUUCUCACGCAUAGACGAUAGAGUGCUGACGAAGCGCUACAAUCACUUUUGGCAGUGCAACAUCGAUCCCACCAAACCGUAUGAUGGGGCAAAAUGCGGACCCCCCGCUGGAGGACUGUUUAAUGUGCUGGGGCAUUAUGAGUGGGAGACUGGGAGGAAAGAUGUGUUUUGGGCGGGCCCGACGUGUACGUUUCAGGAGCCGGUGUUUGUGCCUCGUCGUCGCUCUUCAGAGGCCAAGGAAGACGGGGAUGGGGACAAGGAGUUCGAAGAGGGAGACGGAUACAUCAUUGCGUUGCUGAAUCAUUUGGAUGUGCUGAGAAAUGAUAUUAUGAUUUUCGAUGCGAGGAAUCUUGAACAGGGCCCAUUGGCUGUGGUGCAUUUGCCGGUUAAGUUGAGGUUGGGGUUGCAUGGGAAUUUUGUGGAGCAGAGGGAGAUUGAGGAGUGGAGGGAGAGGAGGGAAAGGGGGGAGGUGGGGGAGGUAAAGGCGGCGAAGGAGUUGUUGCCGUGGCAGAAGAGAAUGAAGGAGACGGAGGGGUUGGGGAGUUUGGUUGAUGUGCCUGGGGAGGAGGGGGUGAAUGGUGUGAACGGAGGAUGA